AUGUUUUGUCAGCGUCAAAUAAGAAUUCAACAACAUUUUUUACUUCAUGAUAAAUUAUGUUUUCUAGAAUGGCAAGCUCAUAACAAUGCAGUAUUUGACUUGGCCUGGAUGGAGAAAGAAGAGAAAUUACUAACAGCUUCAGGUGAUCAGACAGCUGUUUUAUGGGAUGUCAAAACUUCACAGAAACUAGAAACAUUUAAAGGUCAUACCAGCAGUAUAAGAUCUGUUGCUUUUAGAAAAUUUGAUGAUUCGGUUUUAGCAACAGGGUCUAGAGAUGGUCAUAUUAUGUUAUGGGAUAAAAGAUUGAAUCAUAAAGAUGGUGCUAUCCCUGCAUACAAUACUAUUAAAAAUGCCCAUGUUAUUUCUAGUGCUAAACAAAAAAAGAAAAAUAGGCUUGGGCCAGCAUUGGACAGUCAACAGAGUGUCACAGUUGUAACAUUUCAAGAUGAGAAUUUAUUAAUCUCUGCUGGAGCUGUUGAUGGGUUUAUAAAAGUAUGGGAUUUAAGAAAGAAUUAUACCAAUAUUUCUACUGAACCAAUGUCUAGAUAUGUUUUCCCUUACUCUGGUAACUGUCAGAGGAGACAUGGUUAUUCAUGUUUAACAUUAGAUAGUUAUAACAGUACAUUAUAUGCUAGCUGUACUGAUGAUGUUAUUUAUGUAUAUGAUGUUAUUACAUAUAAUCAACAGCCAGUAAAAACUAUAAGAGGACAUAAGAACACCACAUUUUAUAUUAAAACAUCACUCAGUCCUGAUAAUAAGUUUUUAUUGAGUGGCUCCAGUGAUGAAAUGGCGUAUAUUUGGCAAGUUGAUAAAACCAAUAACUCACCAGUUAUAUUAAAGGGACAUAAUGCUGAAGUUACUAGUGUUGCCUGGUGUCCACAUGAUAUGACUAAGGUAAGUAAUUAA